AUCAAAUCGAGUCGUCUCAUUUCCUCCAUACCGUAAUUUCGCCUCAUUAUUCAAGUCACACACACACUUCGCACUUUCAAACUUUACACCUUGCAAACAUCACGCACAUCACGGGUGAUGUCGAUCAGCGCAAAUUUUCGAUUUACCAACUACCUUCUUACAGCCUAUUAACCUACAACAUACCAACUUGAAGCCUGGCCGCUUAUACCGAAGCUCCGAAUAACCAACAUCCGACCCCGGUAAUGCCCGCAAACCGCGAGUCGGAGAUUUCAUCAUGAGCCAAGAUUACUUCAACAACAAGGGCAAAUCGUCCAACCGACGAAACCGGAACCGAAACCAGAGUCAAAAUCAGAACCAAACCCAUGACCUUAAUCAAGAACAUGUAGAGUCUCCCUCUGCUUCCAACAGGCCUGGUUACAUGACUGUCGGCAACGGUUCCUCUUCUCAACAUGCCGCCCGACUCCAAUCACUCAUCGACAAUGACUCCGGUUACGGUGGAAGUAUCGCAGGAGAUGAUGUCCUUUCCUCACGACGACCCGUUGGUUCUCCCCGCACCGAUCUCUUGUCCGGAGACAUGCCGCUACAGCAUCAUUCUGCCAACGGCUCAGAUACCAAUCAUCGAAACCAAGCAGCUGCGGUUCAUCAGUUAUGGUACAACCAGCAUCGAGCUGCUUUGAAUCGAUCCAUCACCAGAGUUGUUGAGCUUCUCAAAACCCUACAGGAGAUGAACAUUACCUGGCCAGCGCAUUAUCCAUCAGUACAGCGAACAGAAGCAUUCUUACCCGAUGGUUCCUCAUCGCGCCCAGCAUUACAGCAUGCCUUCUCUAUGAAUGGAGACCCAUCGCCCCACCACACACGACCAUUGCGACGAUCAAUGACGACCGUCGAGGAUCACGAAGCCGCAGGAUCUAGCCAGGAUGCCGAAACUAAAAGCGUGACUGAUAUGCCCAGACUAGUCUCUCCGCAGAUUGCACAGCAGUUUUCCGUCUUGAAACUGGACCUCAAGCUAGGUGCUUUGCAUCAAAUUGAACUUGUCCAUUCUCUCGAGAAGAGUUCGAUCGCGGCGCUACUUGAUGGGAAGAUUAGUUCUAGCAUCAAUCACCUUCUUUUACUACGCGAGAGGAUCGAGGAUACAUCCAGCAAGGUCUUGGUGACUGGAGAUCUUAACGCCGGAAAAUCGACAUUUUGCAACGCAUUGCUACGCCGAAAAGUCCUGCCAGAAGACCAGCAGCCUUGCACGAGCAUCUUCUGCGAGGUAUUAGAUGCGAGAGACAAUGCCGGCAUCGAGGAGGUGCAUGCGGUCCAUUUGGAUGCAAUCUAUAACCGACACGACGAAUCGACCUACGAUGUAUUCUCCCUAAGCGAGUUAGAGAAUAUUGUUAUCGACAACGAAACAUAUAUGCAAUGCAAGGUAUACAUCAAGGAUGUGCGAACUAUUGACGAGUCCUUGCUCAACAACGGCGUGGUGGAUAUUGCCUUGAUCGAUGCCCCAGGACUGAACUCCGAUACAACAAAGACGACUGCCGUCUUUGCGCGGCAGGAGGAGAUCGACGUGGUCGUAUUUGUUGUCUCUGCUGCCAACCACUUCACUCAGUCAGCAAAAGAAUUCAUCUGGGCUGCUGCAUCCGAGAAGGCGUACAUCUUCAUGGUUGUGAAUGGUUAUGAUUUGAUCAGAGAUAAGGAACGAUGCCAAAAGAUGAUAUUGGAUCAGGUAUAUGGCCUAAGCCCUCACACGUUCAAGGACUCGUCAGAACUUGUGCAUUUUGUAUCCAGCAACGCCAUUCCAACAGUAUCAUCACCCCCUGGUGGUCCGGAUGGCGGAGGUAGCGGUAGCUCGAGUGGAGGGGGAGGUGACCCCAGCGAUGACCCCAAAGGAAAGGGUAAAGAGAAGGAGAAGGUCCAGGACUUUGAGAAGUUGGAACAGUCACUUCGACGAUUCGUCUUGGAAAAACGUGCACGAUCAAAGCUUGCACCAGCUAAAACAUAUCUCCUCAACAUCCUCAACGAUGUUAACGUACUCGCCACAGUCAAUGCUGAAGUUGCUCAGUCAGAACUAGACCGAGUGACGCAAGAGUUGGAAGAGAUUGAGCCUCAGCUCGAAUCUUCUCUCAAGGCAAAGGCCUCCGUGGGCGACGAAAUAGACCAAACUAUUGAGGAGACGUGUAAGGAAGUAUACGACCACACUCGCGACGCCCUCCGCUCGGCAAUUACACAAUCUGGUGAGGGCAACCUUGGUGUACCUUACCCAGGUCUGUUCUAUGCUUUUGACUACGCCGAAGAGCUGAAGGAAGCGAUGUUAUCGCACAUAGCAGAGUCGGUCUCUUCCUGCGAGGACUAUGCCCGAACGAGGACUGUCGGUGGUGUGAACGUUAUCAAGCAACUUGGCAUUAUGCACCUCGGCAACGAGUAUCACGCCGUUAACUUCCGCCCAGACGUCAUGUUCCGCAGAAGGCGUGAUGUGCUCGCUAAACAGAUUGAUGUCACCACAGAGCUAUCGGAUUUUGUCGACUGGUCUACACUCAUGCAACGCCAGGAGAAGGUUGCGGGCACUGGUAUGGCGCUCACCGUUGCUACUGCUCUCGGUGGACGUCUCAUUGGUGGCAUGGGUUGGAUGGAUCACACGGUGACUGCAUUGAAAAUUGUUGGCAAUGACAAUCUUCGAAAAUUGAUUAUCCCCGGUGUAGUUCUAGCAGUUGUCUCCGCUGCAGCUUACGUUGUCCAGCAAAUUCCACACUCACUACCUAAUCGUUUAUCCGAAAAGAUCUCAACGCAGCUAGAGUCUAUCGACUAUGUUCAUUCGAACAGCACACGUGUCUCAGCUUCCGUACGCAAGGUUCUUCGUUAUCCUGCCGAAACCCUCCAAGUCGGUUUGAACCGUUCGGCAGACCAGCUCGGCACGCGAAGAGAGGAAACCCUCAAGGUCCGCACCGAAAGCGAGGUGGCACUAAAGUACUUUGGCAACCUCGUGCGCGAGAGCGGUCAUCAACUCAGUCUAGUUGAAGACAUUGACCUUGAUGCGCAUCCACAGGCCACGGUCGGCAUGAACAUUGCCUAAAAGAAAAAGAGAAAAAAAGAAAAAAAAUCCAUACGCGUAAGGCAUGGGGUGGCGUUUUGGGAAGCACGCUUGACAUUCCUGCAUACCACCUACUUAUUUUCUAUGUCCAACCAAUUCCGCUUCAUUCCUUUUGAUGUUCUGAUGGAUGAUGACCAAUUAAAAAAGAGUGUGACGUAGAAUGGCAAAUGGCUCCAGGGAGGGGAAAGGGGGGAUGAUAGGGGGCGUCUAGAUGCAAUUGAUGGCUAUAUGAAUACAAGAGCUCUACUCUCCUAUUCUUCCUCGGGCCGUUUCUUAACUACCUAACUAACGUCCCUUCGUUGAUUCAAAGUGUAGGUAUGCAGCUUUGUUUAUUUUAAUCCUGAUGCUAGGUAAAUCACACCGAGAAGGUCUUAUUACGAGUUGAGAUGAGAUAUUGACGGUGAUAUUAAUAUUGUUAUUUCUCGUAAUGGUCGCUUCUAGUAUUGCUAAUGCAGGGAGUAUCAUCAGUCUUUACCCUAAAAUACAACUCGCUAACUGCCUCCUUUAUAAUUAUGUGAAAACACUGUUCGACCA